GACAGCACGGGGCGAGGCAGCGCGCGCUCAGUCUGAUUCGAAACGGCAGUGAACGCGCGCGUGUUACAACACUACAGGACACAAACUCGGAAACAAUGUCGACAAAAGACGCAGGACCAGCCAUUUGCAACAGCUGCAAUGCAGUGAUCCAAGGCAGAAUCGUGACUGCCCUAAACAAGAAAUGGCACCCGGAGCACUUCGCGUGCAACACGUGCCGCAAGCCAAUCGACGGCUCCAAGUUCCACCAGCACGACGGCGGCGUUGUAUGCGUGCCCUGCUACGCCCAGCACUACAGCCCUAGGUGCCACGGCUGCGGCGAGCCCAUCACAGACCGUGUAAUUCAAGCUUUGGGAGUGUCGUGGCACUCAAAUCACUUCGUGUGCGGUGGCUGCAGAAAGGAACUUGGUGGCGGUGGCUUCAUGGAACAGGCUGGUAGGCCUUACUGCUCAUCGUGCUACGCUGAGAAGUUUGCAGCCCGAUGUGCCAGUUGCAGCAAACCUAUCGUGGACAAAGCCAUUAUUGCCCUCAACGCCAAAUGGCAUGGUGCAUGCUUCACUUGCAAGAAAUGCAGGAAUCCAGUGACGGACUCCACCUUCUCAGUUUUGGACAAUAUGCCGCUGUGCGGAAAAUGCGCUUAAAUAAACACACAUACAAACAUUCAUACCCAUCGAUAUACGAUGUCUUAUAUACAUUUAGUGCACAUACUAAGCGCGGCACUCUCUAUAUUGCCUUUAAAUUAUAUAAAGCUUAAACGAUACCACUUGGAAAUUAUUUAUUUUAAUAUAUU